ACAUUUUGCAACAUAGGCAACAUGCCCGCUAACUAUCGAUAGUAAGUUAACUAGCUAGCUUUGCCAGUUUUGACCGCUUGAUCAUAAGAUUAAAGUGUUUUGAGUUAUUUAAUUAAUCUCGCCCACAUUGUCCAUUUAACAUGCCUUUUAAAAAUUUGGAAUGAUCCAUUUUCGUUAAUUUGGCUAGCUACCAGCUUUUUCAUUGAUAUUAUCCUUGAGUGUCCUUGAAAGUCCGGGGUACGAUUUGCCCUUUAUUGACUAACACAAUUAAUUGGACUAAGGCGUCUUCUGUACGGGAGAGUUUUGUUUAGCGCCCCGAUGCUAAAUCUGAACAUUAACACGCGUCCUUUGCCUUACGUUUUUGGAUGCAUAAGGAGUUUAUCUUUCAAAAUUUGUUAGAAAAAAAUAAGCUGUACUAUCUAGUAAGCUUACACACAGGUGUUCGGAGCAAACUCUGGAAGAAGUGUAGUUUUGUCGGAUGGAGGCACCCAUAGCUAUAUGGAUCUGUGCAAAACGGCUACAGUACAACCAAAGCCUUCACCACAGCUGCCUUACAGCACCACCUCCAGGCUCCCUAACACUGCACUCUGGAUCCCUGUUGUCACCAUGCUAGCCCGUGGGAUCACUGCUCACCGCAUCAGCAAGACCAUCACCUUGUACCUGAAUGAGACGGCCUCACCUAAACCCUCCCCUGGUCAUCUGUCUGCCCUGAACGAUGCAGCCAGCACCUCUCCAUCCCCAGCCCUUACCCCUGCCCCAACCAAGCCCCUGCUGCUGAUGCUGCCCUGGUUGGGGUCGCGACCUCAGGCUGUGGCCAAGUACUGUGAGAUCUAUUUCCGUACAGGCUUCGAUGUGCUCAUAGUGGAGAGUGAGGUGAGUCAGUUCCUCUGGCCUCGCUGGGGCCUGGAUUACGGGGCGAGGGUACUAGAUGUCCUGCAGAGUGACCGUUUUGUGACACGCCCCCUGCUCGUGCACGCCUUCUCCAUAGGAGGGUACACCUUCACCCAGCUGCUGGUGCAUGUGUCCCGCGACACACAGAAGUACUACGGCUUCACUCACAGGAUCAGAGGCCACAUAUAUGACAGCCUAGUGCUGGGCUCACUGGAGAGGAUGGCUACAGGUCUAGGUAAGAACCUGUUCCCCCGGCUGGAGAGCCUGGUGAAACGGGCCAGUAUGCUCUACUUCAGAGCCUUCAAACACCACACAGUCGACUACUUCAACACCGGCAUCGAUGUCUUCUGGAACAACCCUGUCACCGCACCCGCGCUCGUCUUCUUUUGCCAGAACGACGCACUGUGCGACCCGGAAGGCAUGGAGGAGAUCAUCGCCUACUGGAGGAAACGAGGGAUGGAGGUGACAGACAGGAAAUGGGAGGAGUCAACACAUGCAGGCCACCUGAGACGACACCCCCAGGAGUACCUGUCCACCUUAGAGACAUUCCUAAAGAGUCUCGGUAUGGUCCCUCUCAAGGCCAAGAUGUGACCCUAGGCAGGACCCACACAGCUGUGGUCCGGUCCAGAAACAAUUCCUAACCCUAUCCACUACCCCUUAGGCCUUCAGCAUGGCCCCCAGCCAGGCCAAGUGACAACAGGGCACAGCUGUGGUCCGGUCCAGAAAUAGCCCCUAGCCCCUACACCCCUAAGCACUCAGGCUCCCCUCAAGACCAAGAUGUGACUGCAGGACGUGACAGUUUGCACUUCACUUACCUACAAAUUCCAAGUUUGAGCACUGUAGGUAUAGUGGGGACUUGUUGUAUACACUUUUACAUAUUCUUGAAGAAUGUUCAAUUAACUCUUAAAAGGCGACCUAACAGUUUUUUAUUAUAAUAAAUAAUGAGGUACUUGUUUAGUAGACUUUUGGCAAAAGGAGUCAAUGUUUAGAUGUUUCUGAAUCGUACCAGAAAUGUCAUGUGAAAUACCCUCUGCACUGUGAAUGCAUUACGUAGGUUACGUAGAGUUCUGAAUACCUCAACAGCACCAUUCUAUGGUGACAAUCUCUAAUAGUGUCCACCUCAUUUUCAAACACUUAAAACACGGAAGCCAAACGCGGAUAAAACUUCCUCCGCUCUCGUACAUUAUCAUAAUUCAUAUGAGCACCACUAGAAAUCCCUGCAUUAGCAUGUUUCUGUUAGCUGAUAAAUCCUGAAAAAAUACACCAUAUUGCUGGCCUGCUAAUGUGUCUGGAACUUGUAGGCUAAACAUUCAAGAAAAAAAACAUAAUUGAUCCAAAAUGGUCGCCCAAUCAGGCAUGCUAGAUGCAAUCAUUUCGAAAUGAAUAUGCAUUCAAAACGCCAGGCUCUUGAGCGGUUAUUGAAAUGAUAGGCUUUUUACUGCAGUUUACAGCCUAGACUAGAGUUUUGUACUCACUUAAACAAUAACAUUCUUCAUGACAUUGUGUUGUUGUAGUAGGCUACAUUUCUUGUCAUUUCUUACAUAAUUAAUUUUACCAACACAAAAAGAUCCCGUGUCGAGCGAACAAAUGAUCUGUUGGCAUUGAUAAAAUUGUACUGAAACUUCCUGUUUCCAUCACAGCUGUCAUAAAAAUAGUUUUAAUACAGUAUGACUUUACUCGCAUAAAAACUGUGGAUGGAAACGUGGUUUAUGAAGUUUUCCAGACAUGAUUAAUCUCCUGUCUAUGUAGAAACGUAAUUUAUAUUUUGCAUAUAAUCUACCCACCGUUAUUUAUUAACCAAUCAAGUAGCAGUCUUUAUAUUUAUUUUCACCGUCAUCCUGCAUUACCUCGGACCCCAGGUUGAGUACCCCUGUUCUAGGACCUCCUAAAUCUACAGGUUUAUAAUACUAUGUCAUUAUCAUCCCUGUGUGGAUUCUGUGUACAUCACGGUAUUAAAGACGUUGAAGUGAAGGUCCGAUUGUCUUUGCCGUUCUUUCAAAAUAAAUAAUGUUUUGUUAAGACAUACUGCAACACUUCAAUGCAAUGUUUUCCAACAGAAGUGCCAUUUUACUGUAACUGGAUAAAGACAUGAAUUUUGAUUAAUUUGUCAAUGUUACCAUUAGUUGAUUUUCUAAUAUUUACACUGGAAAGGAUGCCGAGUUGACAAUGUACUAUGGACAAGAUCUUUACAUGAUUUGCUUCCAAGAUUUAGCCAAUUCUGUCAAUUUGUUUUAGCCAAACCUAAAAUAAAAAUGUCAUGAUCCGCCAGUACUGUUGGUCCACCGUACUACUUGUA